UUCACUUCCCUCCCACUUCUCUCCCUCACACUAAAGAGCACUCAGUCUCUGAGCUCCCCUACAUUUCCCGCUCCAACAUGUUGGCAGGAGGAGAAAGAGGAGGAUGCUCCGCUCUACCCUCGGUGCGUUCCUGCCACCUCUCCGGCCAGCGCACACUGCCUCCGACUCUGACUCAGCCUCAGCUUUCAGUUGUCUCCGCCUGAGAGACUUAAGACAGGAGGUGGAGGAGGAACCGAAGGAUAAGGUCGAGAUCAGGAACUCUCACACCAGGGUCCCCAACAGGAGCAACAACAGCAAGAGAGCUGAACAGAGCAACUGCUCCUCAUCUGUGGUGGAAACUACUAAUACCUCAGCAGUAAGCACCUCUUCUGCCUCCUCUAGUUUCCCUCCCUCCUCUUCCUCCUUCUCGGCUCCAAGAUCCAUGUGGCAAGAGGCAAUAAGGAGAAAGCGGUAUCUCCUGGACCGGGCAGGGGAGUCUGGUGAAGGGGAUAAAGGAGGAGGAAGAGGUCAGAAGAAGAGGAACAGGUCCCCGGAUUGGCUGUAUGAGUCCUACUACUGUAUGAGCCAGCAGCAUCCUCUGAUUGUGUUUCUGCUGCUCAUAGUGAUGGGAGCCUGCCUGGCUCUGCUGACUGUGUUCUUUGCUUCAGGACUGAACAUUGAGGACCACGUGGCCUUUGUAAUCACUGUGCCCACGGCGCUGGCUAUCUUCCUGGCUGUUUUUGUACUUGUCUGCAUUGAGUCCAUCUUCAAGAAGCUUCUACGCGUUUUCUCCCUGGUCAUCUGGGCCUGCUUGGUUGCCAUGGGUUACCUUUUUAUGUUUUCUGGUGGGAUCAUCUGCCCGUGGGAUCAGGUGUCAUUCUUCCUGUUCAUUGUGUUUGUGGUUUACACCAUGCUGCCGUUCUCCAUGCGGGACGCCAUCAUCGCCAGUGUCCUGACCUCCGCCUCUCACACCAUUGUGUUGAGUGUCUGCCUGUCCACCACAGCUGAUCACGUGGAACCAGUAGUGUGGCAGAUUGUAGCCAAUAUUAUCAUUUUCAUGUGUGGCAACAUGGCGGGGGCGUACCACAAACAUCUGAUGGAGUUGGCACUCAAGCAGACUUAUCAGGACACCUGCAACUGCAUCAAGUCCCCAAUUAAGCUGGAGUUUGAGAAGAGACAACAGGAGCGUCUCUUGUUGUCUCUGCUGCCAGCUCACAUUGCCCGUGUGAUGAAAGCUGAGAUCAUCCAGAGACUGAAGGGCCCAAACUUCGGCCAGAUUGAGAACACAAACAACUUUCACAACCUCUAUGUCCAGAGACACACUAAUGUCAGUAUACUCUAUGCUGAUAUAGUGGGCUUCACACGGCUGGCCAGUGACUGCUCACCUGGAGAGCUGGUGCACAUGUUGAAUGAGCUGUUUGGCAAAUUUGAUCAAAUUGCAAAGGAAAAUGAAUGUAUGCGGAUCAAAAUCCUUGGCGACUGUUACUACUGUGUGUCCGGCCUGCCAGAGUCUCUGCCGAACCAUGCGAAGAACUGUGUGAAAAUGGGUCUGGACAUGUGUGAGGCCAUCAAGAAAGUGCGAGAUGCCACUGGGGUUGACAUCAACAUGCGCGUCGGUGUGCAUUCUGGGAAUGUCCUGUGUGGUGUGAUUGGACUUCAGAAAUGGCAAUAUGAUGUUUGGUCACAUGAUGUCACGCUGGCCAAUCAUAUGGAAGCAGGAGGUGUACCUGGGCGAGUCCACAUCACCUCAGUGACACUGGAGCACCUGAAUGGUGCCUAUAAGGUGGAAGACAGUGAUGGGCAAGAAAGAGACCCUUACCUGAAGGAACAUGGAGUCAUCACUUAUCUGGUCAUUAACCCAAAGGUGGAGAGUCGGAGCCCACAGCAUCAUCACUACCGUUCCAGACACACUGUAGAUGGAGCGAAGAUGAGAGCCUCCGUCAGGAUGACCCGCUACCUUGAGUCCUGGGGAGCAGCCAAGCCGUUUGCCAACCUGCACCACAGAGACAGCAUGACCAAUGAGAAUGGGAAGAUCAACACUGCUGAUGUGCCGAUGGGGCAGUAUCACUUCCAGAGGAGAUCAGAAAGAACAAAGUCUCAGAAGAAACGGUUUGAGGAGGAACUGAAUGAGAGAAUGAUCAGGACCUUUGAUGGGAUAAAUUCGCAAAAGCAGUGGCUGAAGUCCGAAGACAUUCAAAGAAUAUCGUUAUUCUUUCACAAUAAAUCCUUGGAGACGGAGUACAGAGCAACAACCUUGCCGGCCUUCAAAUACUAUGUCACCUGCGCCUGUUUGAUCUUUUUCUGCAUUUUUAUUGUGCAGAUUCUCGUCCUUCCAAAGACAACUGUAUUGGGGAUAUCCUUUGGAACGGCUUUUCUCAUCCUUUCCUUGAUCCUCCUCAUAUGUUUUAUAGGACACUUUGUGCACUGCAGUAAAAGCGCCUCCAGUUCUUGGACGCGGCUGCUGAGGUCAUCGGUCAUUAUUGCCAACAAGCCAUGGCCCCGCAUCACUCUCACCAUGACAACCACAGCUCUAAUACUCAUAAUGGCAGUCUUCAACAUGUUUUUUUUAGAAGACAAUUUGCUGCCUCCUGUUCCUGUUUACAAUUCAUCCAAUGAAACACAAUUUUACCUUAAUGGACAACUAAUUGCCUUCACAGGCAAAAACAAUUUCUACCUUCCCUAUUUAAUUUACAGUUGCAUUCUGGGCCUCAUCUCUUGCUCUGUGUUCCUGAGGAUAAACUACGAGCUGAAGAUGAUUAUCAUGUUGACGGCUGUUGUGGUUUACAAUAUCAUUAUUCUACGAACCCAUGCCUCUCUGCUGGAUGAAUAUAGCAGAUUUCUGUACAAGACUGAAAGCCUGGACAGACCAGGAGUUCUGAAAGACCUUAAGACUAUGGGCUCUAUCUCCCUCUUUAUCUUCUUCAUCACUCUGCUUGUACUUGCCAGACAGAAUGAAUAUUACUGUAGGUUAGACUUUCUGUGGAAGAACAAGUUCAAGAAGGAGUGCGAGGAGAUUGAAACCAUGGAGAACCUCAACCGGGUUUUGUUGGAGAAUGUCCUGCCUGCACACGUUGCAGAACAUUUCCUGGCACGCAACUGGAAGAAUGAGGAUCUGUAUCACCAGUCCUAUGACCUGGUGUGUGUCACGUUCGCCUCCAUCCCAGACUUUAAAGAGUUUUACACUGAAUCUGACGUCAACAAAGAAGGAUUGGAGUGCCUCAGGCUUCUUAACGAAAUCAUUGCUGAUUUUGACGAGCUGCUGUCGAAACCUAAGUUCAGUGGCGUGGAAAAGAUCAAGACUAUUGGCAGCACUUACAUGGCUGCUACUGGGCUGAAUGCAUCUCCUGGGCCUGAGUACACGUCACAGGAGCAUGACAGGCAGUACAUGCACAUAGGGACCAUGGUAGAGUUUGCAUUUGCCUUGGUGGGGAAGCUGGAUGUUAUCAACAAACACUCUUUUAAUGACUUCAAACUUAGAGUUGGUAUUAACCAUGGUCCAGUAAUAGCUGGAGUCAUUGGAGCCCAGAAACCACAGUAUGAUAUCUGGGGGAACACAGUGAAUGUAGCCAGCAGAAUGGACAGCACUGGAGUCCUGGGGAAAAUACAGGUGACGGAGGAGACGAGCCGCAUCCUUCUGACACUGGGCUACAUGUGCUCUUGUCGAGGCAUCAUCAACGUCAAGGGCAAAGGAGAGCUCAAGACCUACUUUGUGCACACAGAGAUGACCCGCUCCCUGUCCCAAGGGAAUGUAAUGCCAUAAGACUGGUUCAGAAAAUGCUGAAUUUAUACAGGCGACAAGAACAGCUGUUUAUUAUAGAUGGAGAUGUAUUCUUCUCACUGCCAUUGUGAUAAAAGCAAAGAGUGAUGCACAAAGAAAUGAGAUCGGCAAUGCAAGGAGGAUCAACAUCUGAUUUUAAUGUUGCAAUGCCAGCUACCCAUGCUACAGCUGUAGUAUACAUUUAGUUACUUACUUUAUGUAACUUAGUUUAGCAUGUAGAGCAAGAAGGUAAUAACCCCUGAAAUAUAUUUGAAUUUCAAUGUUGGAUCCAGAAAAGCCACAGUGGCACAAGUCAGUCACUUUGCCUUUUCCAGCCAGGUACAUCAAACACCGAACCUGUAUUCUGUUCACUUUACAGGACUUUUGUAUUUUGGAUGUCAAAACGAUGUACAUGAAGUAGAAGAGAAACAAAGAAAAGACUUCCAAUUUCACACCAGGUCUCUUGAAGAGCGUCCAAAAGACAAGAAUUUCAGAGGGAACAAUACAGAAAUGACAUGCUGGUGUAAUGGAUAUAAGGAUUUUUGCUAAACCCCGACCAAUUCUUUUUACAAAGGGAUAUAAAAAGCUACAGAUGGAAGAUUUGGUAUCAAAAGCAAAGGACAAAUGUUACAAAGGAAAAACUGCAUGACCACUGUUGCAAAGGAGAAGCUGGUCAACAAGGAGACACACACAUGAGUACAUAACGCCAUCAACCUUGUUAGAAGCACGCAAGUCUUGGAUGUAUUUUACGGGCGGCCCAUAAAAGGAAAAGCAUAAAAAAAGGGUCUAUGAAUAUAUUGUGAUAUUCAUGCAGGGUUAAGUUUCCCAAAACUGUCUUCUGCACUUUAAAUCAUCUCGUCUUCAUUGACUGUUUACACAAAGGUCUUUUUGGCAGACUGUCGGUCAGACGCCUGCUGAAAAUGGAAAUGCAGGUGUUUGUUGCUGUUCAGACAACGCUGAAAACAAAGGGAUGAAGAUGAUUUUAGUGAGAAGAUGUUUUUUAUUUGGGAAACUCGAGCCUGAUCUGUGUACAGCGUAGCUUUAGAGUGCGUACGGUACGGUGGUUUUGUAACAAAAGAAAAUACUACCAAAAAAGUGUUUUGAUGUUUUACGAUGCCAUUGUUUUUUGUAAAAACUUCAUUAAAAUUUCUAUGUAUUUCAGUUCUACAGAGUGUUAUUAUUUGAAAAAAGUCAAUUUCUGCAAUCGUGAAUUGCCUCUGCAUUAAAUUGAUGAUUUAAAACAAGAAGCUUCGGCCACAGGGACCUUACUCAAGAUGAGAAUGGACUCUUUUUGUUGAAAUUGGAUCUCGGGGGAAUUUAUUCUCUGCACCACAAAGGAGACAAAGCAAGUGUGUGUGUGUGUGUGUGUGUGUGUGUGUGUGUGUGUGUGCUGCCUUCUUCUUAUCUUAUUAUUUGCCAGGUUCUUAAAAAGGACCAGCUCCCAGCAUAUUAACAUGACAAGACUGUGCUGUGAUGUGUCCUUGAAUAAACGGCAGGAUGAUGAAAAUAUCCCUGGAUUGAUACUCUGUUAAUCGUAUUAAGCGGUAUAUAGAUGACUUUGGGCUAUGCCUCUGGUGAGUAGAUGGACAGACAAAAUGUCCAGACUCAUCAUGGCCGAAGUUGAAUCCUGCGGUUUCCAAUUAAAGAGACUAAAAUGUCAAUGAAAUCUCAGUUUAAAAAUGACAAAUGGAUACAAUCCAGGUGACACCACUGAAAACUGCUAUGAGAUUAUUUCAGACCCAACUAUUUAAUAGGAAAAGAGCGAUCCUAUGAUGAUUCAAUAUAAUCUUUUCUGUGUGACAUAAUUUAAAAAAACAGCAUCCUCAAAGGGCCUCUUUAUUACAAAUCAUCUUCAGCCUGAUCUAAAAAUGCUUUCUGAUAUUGUAGGCACAGCUAGCUGUAGACCAAACUCCGAAAAUACUGAGUCUGAGGAAUCCAGACAUUUAUAGCCGACCCUCAGUCAUCACACCACAGCGGUCUUUGUCUCCUUCUACCUCAAGCAAAACGGAUAACACUGACAUGAUGUUUACAUUAUGGUAAUUCCUCUUUAGACCUGUUGACUGAAGUAAAUACAUUAUCUGCUCUCAACUUCUGACAUUUGCUGCACAGCAUUAAGACCAAUUGUCUUUGUCACUUUAAGAUGGAAGAUAAUGCGGAAAGGACUGUAAGGGAUGCUGUUAUUCUAAAAUGUCCUUCUACACUAAUGUUUCGAGAGGCUGUUUCUCAUUGACUGGGAGCACAUGUUUUACAACUGGUGCCCCUACUGUCAUAAUUCCCCAUUUUGUGGAAGAAAUAAAGUAAGUAGAUUGCUGAAUCUUAAAAA